GAGCUAUUCGAUAUUAGUCAAGCACUAAACGCAAAUACAGUUAGUAACAACUUUUUUGGUAAUCAUAUAUUUUUUGCAUUUCAAUAAAUUCAUCAUAAUGCAAAUCCUUUCGUGUAUCGCCUUCACCGCUGCUGCACUUUUUGGUGUCGCAUUCGCCGGUUAUGUGCCACAUGAACAUGCCACCAGUUACGCCUCGGUGGUACAACAUACGGAUGGCCAUCAUCAUGCCACACACGGCUAUGGCAGCCACGACAAUUAUCUUCAACAUGCGGGACACGGUUAUGACCACCAUAAUCACCACUACGAACCUCAUCACUAUCCUAAAUACACCUUCGAGUACGGUGUAAAGGACGCACACACCGGCGAUCAUAAAAGCCAAUGGGAGCAACGUGACGGUGAUCAUGUCAAGGGCGGCUAUACCCUGGAGGAAGCUGAUGGUACAACUCGUGUGGUAGAGUACACCGCCGACGAUCACAUUGGCUUCAACGCUGUCGUUAAGAAAAUCGGUCAUUCUCACCAUCCUCAGGUGUAUAAUCACGAAGGCAACCAGUGGUAGCUACUUUGAAAUUAAGCAACAUCAUUGAGCUACAGCACUGAUUAACUGUUAGAUUGUAUAAUCUCCAAACCGAUUCGAUAAAAAUGUGACGCGGCAACACUCGAAAUUGUUUAUAAAAUU